AUGGCCGAAGCCCCGAACACACCACCAACCACCGAGAUCGACGAUUCUAUCUUUUGCGUCCGCUGCAAGGAAAUCUCCUCGGAUCGUGACUUUGACGGGUUAGGGAACUCCAUCCUCAUAUCAAGUCUCGUCGCUAUGGGAAGAUUUGUAUCGUCGGCUAUAUUUUAG